AUGGUUGCACCUAUAACCGCCAAUGACGCAUUUCUAAAUGCGGAAAUGGAUCUUGGUUUGAAUAUGCUCCGACAAUCACCUACAACUGAGCAACUGGUCGUUUCACCAAUUUCCAUCAUUUUCGCUCUUGCUAUGGUUCAGGCUGGUGCACGAGGGAAGACAAGGACGCAAAUCAACCAAGUUAUUUCCAGUGGCGCAACGGAUGACGGAAUCAUCAACUACUACUCAAGCCUUUCCAAAGACAUUUCCAUCUCCAACGAAAAAGUGGAGACAAGGAUAGCGAACGCGUUUUUCCUAAACAAGGAGUUCUCUAUCGAAAAACAGUACGCUGACACCAUCACUGGGAAUUACUCAGCAAAAGUAGAAGCCUUAGACUUCGACAACGCAAAGCAAACGGCCCAGAAAAUUGACGAAUUUGUAAAUGACGCGACGGUGGGCAGGAUAAAAGAUAUUGUCGAGGAGAGUACAGUAAGAGGCGCCAAUUCUCUCAUAAUUAACGCCAUUUAUUUCCACGGUAAAUGGCAGCACGAGUUCGACAAGUUUGAUUCCAGAAAUUACCCAUUUCACAGCUCCGCAGUGAAACAAAGGAAAAUAAAAUUUAUGAAUGAGGAAGGAAAGAAACGGUACUACGCUGAGGAUGAAGACAUGCAAGUCCUGUCUUUACCUUAUCAAGAUGCAUCAUACGCUUUCAAUAUUCUUCUUCCAAAGAAAAAAUUUGGUUUAGAGGAACUCAGAAAGAAACUGAACGGCACUACCAUAAAAAGGGUGCUUUCGCAGCUUGAGUCAACGAUGUUAGGGGAGAUCUCUAUCCCAAAAAUGAAAAUUGAGACCGAUUACAAACUAAAAGAAGCCCUGAUGGCAAUAGGUGUUACCGAAAUGUUUUCUGACGCUGCUGAUUUGACAGGAAUCACGAGGUCACGGCCACUGAAAGUUUCGAGUGCUGCACACAGAGCACUCAUUGAGGUUGACGAGGGGGGAACUACCGCUGCUGCAGCCACAUCCGUCAGAUUUAUACUAACGUCCGGCAGCAUAUAUCCGACAAAUUUCAUUGCAGAUCACCCGUUUAUUUUCAUUCUAACUAAGAAUCAUAACCCUUUAUUCAUGGGACAUAAAGAUUCUGAAGCAGAAGACUUCCAAGUCCAUUUGAACAUUUUCAAUUCGGUUGUUGAAUACGAGGCUUCCAUUGACUUGCUUCGGUUGCACCCAGGGCUACUGUUGACGCUUAUGAGCAUCUAA